UACCCGUCUUGGAUACUCCAGUUUCACCCAGAGUUACAUCAACACAGUAACCCGGGAAAGGCAACCUCAGAGGCUGGUAGCGACAUUUCUUUCUGGGAAUCUCACACCUGUCCUGGAUAUCUAGUUGCCUGAAAGCCACUGAGGGAACAACAAUGGUGCAUGCCGCUAGAAAAAGUUGCUAGCUCAGUUGGCACAACUGCUAGCUAACAUUGGUUUGCUAACGUUAGCCAGCUAACGUUAGCAAACAGCUGAAGGAGAAGUCUGGAGAAGUUUGGAUCUUUUCAUCGCUGGGACAUCAGGGUUCAUGUGUUAUCUGGACAAGGCGGAUCCUUUCACUGAAGGUGAAUGGGAGAGAUGAGGAGCAGCGGAAGGACGGAGGUUUUCUCUGCUCAGCAGCUCAAUGAUCCGAGUGUUGGCACAGAGCUGACAACUGCAUGGAAAAGUUUGGCUCAGUCCAAAGCUGCUUUGCGGCAUAUAGAAAACCGCCUCGAGGCAACCCCAGGAACAGGGGUACUGUUGGAGUCUGUCAUGGACCCUCCCAAGAAGAAGUCCUCCCGAAUGGUUCGCCACAGGGAUGGACAACGAGCUGACAGCAAUGGAGGGUCUUCAAAGCACAGAGGACGUAGUCAGCAGAGUCCAGAAAAGAGCAGCUCCCGCAGCCCGCUGAGAAACACCCAGGACAGUAAUGUCCGCAGGAACACCAGUGUGGAAUUCAGAGAGCCACUGGCCUCCUACAGAGAGGCCACCCCUCCACAUCCCUCCUCUCAGCUGGAGGCCUACAGUCUGCAUUCGGUGCCCGGUCUUCACCACCCAUCCUCUCCACCCUCCUUAGAUCCUCUCCUCAGCCAGCUGGUCUACCAGAGAGACACCAGGGACAAACAGACGGACCGGGACCGGGACCUGGACAGCACACUCUCAGCUCUGGAGAGCACAGAGGUCCGCUACCUCAAUGACCAGCCAGCCCUGGUCACUUCGAGGACUUUUGGAAACCAGUCACAUCUCACAGGUCUAGAGGAGCCUGAGGAGGAAAGAACUCCAUAGCACAAACUUGGAAUGGAUAGCCAAGAACCAAGCUUUUGUGUAGCUCCGGCCCCAGGCUCCGCACAGCAAGGGGAGAGCACCCCUUCCUCCAGCCCUGGCUCAGCAUCUCAGCGGCUGGAGAAUCUAAGGCGGCAUCAGCCUGACAAUAAGCUGGAGAAGCUGAAAGAGCGUAUUCGCAGGCAGAGACAACAUCUGGAGGAGGCUGCAGAGAAAGAGAAACUGAUGGGUAUCUGGAGCAGCCCUUUACAGCAGGCUGUUGGGAGUAAUAAUACCGGUACUGCAAAAAUACGGAAAGUAGCAGCUGCACCACCUGCACCUAUAUACAAAGGUUUCAACAGCACUGAGACAAAAUCCGGGACACCUGAUGGGAAAGUGAAUGAGGAAGAGUUUCAUAACUUCAGCAGAGAAAUAUAUAGAGACCUGUCUCGACAGUUUGAAACCACCAGAUCCAGGAAUCAGCAGCAGAAAGAACAGAGAACUGAAAGGUCCAAAGAGAGGAGGCCUCCAAAGCCUGUCAGGAAGGUCCACAGAGCUGCCCCUUCCUCCGACCUAAAUGCAAAACCAGCGAUAAGUCCUGCAUCGUGGAGGGAGGGCCAAAAGCUUGUAAAGAUGGUACUGGGUCCAGUUCCCAAGCUUUCCAGGGAGGACAGACCCCAGCCAGCUGAUGGACAGAGCAGAACAGCUACACGGCCACCGCUCAGCUCAGAGCCACGAUCAGAAGAAAAAUCAAGGUCUUGCCCUAGCAGCAGAGAGAGGCCUAAUAGUGGUUUUCAGGGGCAUCCAAAAAGCCACUACACAACCACACCUACCCCCUCAUCAUGCUGAUCGGGACAGGGCCCCAGAGGGUGCAGGCGCAGACUGUUGUCAGCAGACAUCCAAGGGAUACUUGAUGACCUCCAGCUGGAGUGCAGAGCAGCUGAGAUGGAGGAGAGGGCCCGGCAAAGAUCCCGAGGUGGGAGCGGUGGGAGGAGAGGGAGAGGGGGACCGGGUCACGAACAAGAAGCUCCAGUCUCUGCUUGGGGAACUGCUGUGGUAACAGGUUCCUCCUCAAGAGGAUGUCGCAGCGCCCAGCCCACUACACACCGACCUCACACUGCCAGCACAGCUGACACGGGACACAAAAAGCGACACUACGAUGCAGAUACUGUUCGCCAGUACAUUUAAAGCAGCACGGAGGACAGAAAGAGGCGUCAGGCCAUAGGAGAAGAGGCUACUGAGGAGGAAGCCGAGAGGAGAAAUCAGAGACUGAAAGAGCUCUACAGAAAACAGAGAGAAGUGGCCAAAACAGUGGCCCUUGCAAGUGAGGCAAGUGAGGCAACUGUGGCCCCUGUACAAAAGCGACUGCAAGAGACCUACACUAUCCUGGAGGAGGUCCCGCUGGGAGAGGAGACUACACAGAUGCUACCUGCUGCUGCCAUCUCGGUCAAAUGACCCAUGUACCAGCCCUCAGGAGAGUCAGACAGAAACAAAAGGCUGGAGGCACCUCAGAGUCCGUCCAGCAGCGACAGAUCAUUCAACGAUCAGCCAGCUCCUCCUUUAUUCAGGAGUGAUUUGGAUGUCGGAGUGGCAUCUUUUCUUCAGCCUGAACACCAGCCCGCUGUUCGUCCUGUGACCGCUCCCAGCAGCUCACUUUCUCCUUUUGGUGACCCUCUCCUCUCUCAGCUCCUUAGGCUGGAGUCUGCCAUGGCAGUUGGUGACAUCCAGCGCACUCAGAGGCCUGUCACAGCGCCUUCCAGUAGGUCACGGUCCAAGUUGUCCCGUAUUGAGGCCCUGAAGGCCACAGCAGCAUCCCUCUCGACGUAUAGAGAGUGAGGCAGGAAGCUCGCAGGGGAGGGGAUUAACUACGGGUGCAACACUUCAGUUGAAGGUGACACUGUUUUUGCUCCCAGGCCUCCACCUAAUGUCGAUGGAUGCUGGACAGCUGCCACAGAAAAUAAUGAUGUGGCUUUAAUGUUCCAGAGGGCUCUGACUGGCACAGGUCAUAGUUCACAUGAUGACACAAUACUACCGGGGUCUAAUUCAACAGGGCACACUCUCAACAGUUAUGCAAAUGAAAGAAGGAAGCUGGUCAAUGGCUUUGAGGAGGACGAGAGAAGGUCAACUUCACACAGAAGAGGAUAUGGAUUGAUGGAUGAGAAGAAUCAGACAGAUCACCACAACUCCAGUGCCGGUUCCAUCAGCGAGGGUCCUCUUCUGAGUGAAGGAAGUUUUUCUGAGGAUGAAGCCAGCCCUCCUCGACCCUCCAACAGUCAUGCAGCCAAAUUAGAAGAUCACCUGGCAGCAGUGAGCCACAGUGCAGAGCAUAGAAGGGAUUUCCAGCGCUUAACAGAGUUCCAAAGGGAGGCUGAGUGCUUGACUCUCAGUUCACCCUUUGCGCAGCAUGAAGGCAGCAAAGCAGCCUGGGAGGAGUUAAACAAAGGAAGCCCUUUAAGUGUUAUCAAUAUUUACACAAAGAACUUUCACGGCCAUGCUAAAGUUAAUGAGAGAAGUGCUGAGAGGACAUCUCCUUCUGCCCAUUCUUUGCACCUUGGAAAUGGUCCUGUAGAAGCAGCAGGCUAUGAAGACGACUUUAUGUCAUCACAUUGCAGCGGACACAGUGGACCUGCGAAAAGAGGCUCCAAUUCAAACAGUGUAAACACUCAUUUUGAGGAGCAGAGGAGGUCUCCUUAUGAGAAAAGCCCGGGAGGCGUCAGUUCCAACCAUUCAUCCUUCCACACAUCUGUUCACUCACCACAUCCUUCACCUGGUUCAACAUCUUGCUCCUCACCUUUUUCAAAACACUCCUCCAGAAAAAGAGGUGCAGCCUCAGACCAGAGUGAUGGCACUCUGUUAGGGGAGCAGAGGAGCUCGUGCUCACCUCCUUCUGAUGCAUUAUCAUCUGACUCCAGGAAGAGAGGCUCAGACAAAAGCUCAGCCCACAGUCAGGCCAGGAGUGUCCACUCUAAUGAUGCUUUGGGAGAAACUUCUCAACAAAGUUUGGGAGUUGACAGUAAGAAGUCCUCAGUAAGACCAAAACACCGUUCCCCACAUGGCUCGCCGGUCUCUGGUUCUCCUCCAGGAUCAAACUCUUCCAGUGAGGCUGUUAGAAGUGGCCCUCUAGGGGCAAAUAGCCCAAACACAGGCAUGCCAGCUCGCAGCAGUAGAGCAGAGACAAGGAACACAGGUCAACUUCAGUAUUCACCAGCAGUCUUGCAGCAGCGUAUGGCAGCAGAGCUCCAGUAUCUGGAGACAAUUGAGGAGUCAGUCCGACACCUGGGGGAUGUGGAGAGGUUGAUGGGAGUGUCCAUGGCUCAGCAGGAGAGUGUGACCCUGGCCCAGAUGCUGAAGGCUAAGCAGCAGAGCCAUGAGCGUGACCUCUAUGAGCUGAAGAUCAAGGCUGAGAGGGAAGCUCUGGAGGCGCAGCUACAGCUGGAAGAAAACAGGCAAAGGGCUGCCAGGGCUCACAUUGAGCUGCAGGAAGGCUUGGCUGGAGCUCAAAAAGAGACUUUGGAGGGCCUCCAGGAGGCAUCUACAAAGAUGAUGAGUCAACAGGCUGAGACAGCACGGUACACCGAAACUGCCCGACACAUCAAAGAGGUAAAUGACUGAAUGGCACGGUCACAGAUCGCGGGAGCUUUGACUGUACCCCCUGUUGUCACAAGUUCUUCUGUGUUGGAGGAGUCAAAGGAACAACAGAGUUCCUUUUCACAGCAGCGACAGGAUGAAUCUGACAGCUUCCAGAGUCCAGAUGUCAAGCAGAAAAACGGACCAGAGGAGUCCCUGUCUCCCCUGAACAGCCUCAGUCACUCUGACUCUCAAUCUUUCAGAAGGCCUAACCUCAGUGGAGCCGACUCUUGCAGCCAAAGCCCAUCACAUGUCUCUUCAGACCAGAAAGACAGGAUGAAGAAAGAAGCAGCAGAAGGGAAACGGAGAAAGGGAGGAACUGAAGAGGGGGAAGCGGCCAGCAGCUCCAUAGAGGAGGAAGCUCUGACAGCAGCUAAUGACUCCCUCUGCAGUAACAGGCAAUCCACUCUUUAAUGGAUGAGAAAUGUAAGUGAUAGCAAUAAUGGCCAUCAAUCUGCAACAGAGUACUCCCUCAAGUUUGACGAGUCAAUGACGGAGGAUGAGAUAGAGGAACGGUCUUUCCGCUCCCUGCUUCCGUCAGAGGCGCACAGGCGAGGUACCAAGGAAAAGAAGCCUCGGCACCACGAGGAAUCAGAGGAUGAUGUAGCCAAUCAUAACAGGACCAUAAUUUCGGGGGCACACAAUAUCUUAAAGGAUGCAAACAUGGCCUUCUCUGGUGGACAGGACAGCUUUCACAGUUCACUAUGGAUAUGGUGCUCAGUACAUGAAGACGAGGAGGUAAGACUGCAGCACCAGAGCUCUCUGCUGCACCUUCGCCAGAAAGCUCUCAAAGAGAAGACGAGGACUGAGCUGGCCUGGCUUGAACACCAGAAGAGGACGCUGAGGGACAAGGGGGAGGAUGACAAAAUGCCACCCAUUAGGAAGAAGCAGAGAGGCCUGCUGAUCAAACUGCAGCAAGAACAGGCUGAGAUCAAGCGCCUCCAGGAGGCCAACAAAGCAGCCAGGAAGGAGAGGCAGCUGUUGCUGAAGCAGCAGGAGGAGAUUGAGCGCAUGAGAAACUCCACACUGAGACUGAAGGAGCGUCUCAAGUGUGCCGGGAGUGAAGCACCACCUGAGCCCUCCGUGUCAGAAACCCCUCUUUCUGAGUCAGCCUCUGCCAACCUGGGACAUGUUGAGGAUGGCCGCAGCUCCUCUCGCAUCUCCAUCUCUGGAAGUGAGACUAGCAGCAUCAUGCAGAAGCUCAAGAAGAUGCGCUCUCACACGGAUGAAAAACACUGUUCUCCCGUCCACUACUUCUUCUCUGUGUUCACGGCCCACCACUGGGCCUCCCUCAGUGUCUGUCUUCCCAAACUCCACCAAUUCCAGCUCUUUAUCUACAACCAGUUGGUCAGGUUCCUGACAAAGAGGGAGCAGCAGCUGAUGCAUAGACGUCACCAUGCUGAGGAGCUGCUGCAGUGGAAACAGCCGGACCAGGAAGAGGCAGAGGUGUGCAGGAUGGAAAAGGAGGCCCUGGCUGUGUGGGACAGAAACACUCCAAAGGACACGAAUGAGGAGAUGCCCCCUAGCUCCAGACACCAUCAAAGCUCAGAGCCCAGAACUGACAGUGAGAAAGACUAUGUCAGUGAGGGUGAUGGUUCCUCUGCAACGCCUGAGUCCAGUAUACACACAGAAGGACUUGGAUCUCAGCAGCUAGGAAGCCCAUCAGCACAGCCUGCAUCAGUCCCUGAAACACCUUUGGCCUCUGUCCAAAGUAGCCCUGCAAAUUACACUCAGGACUUUACCUCAGCUUCCCACUCACCUAGCAGACAAUCGGUCCAGUCUCCAUUCAAAGGCAGACACAGCCCUACUUCCUCUCCUUCUGAUGGGAGCAGCAAAACCAGGAUGCAACCUCGCUCCUCCUCCCGGACCCCCAACUUUACCCGCCCUCAGCCAACUGACUCCCCCAUGGCCCCUCAGACAGAUCCCAUUUCAGACCAGAGCGACAUAGAGAGCCGUAUCAAGGCCUUGAAGGAGGAACUCAGGAAACGAAAGUCUAUGGCCUACCAGCUGAAGAAAGAGCAGAAGAAACGGCACAAGGAGAAGCUGAAGGCACAAGAGGCCAGCCUACUGAAGCAGCUGGAGAACUAUGACAACUUCAUCGAGAAAACUAAGGCGGAACUGAACAAGGGGCCGGACUUGGAACCUGAUUCAAAGUCCCUGACCAAAGACUCCACCUUAAUCUCAGAGCAUUCGAGUAUUAAAGCAGCUGCUUACAGGUCUGAAACCAGCAAAAUCUCUGAGUCUGAAAGGAGGCCGACCGACGCUUCAUUAGAAACAGUGGAUUUCCGUCCACAACCUGAUGAUAGAUCAACCUCAGUGCCUGAAGAAUUGUCUGACGAGGACCCACCAACAGUCACUCCGACCCCGGUUCAUGGCAGCCCAGAGUGUCCUGUUCUCAUGAGGCCUUCUUCUAAGGAAGCACAAUUAUCUAUGAAAGAAGAAGAAGAGGACAUCGCGUUUUAUCAAAAAUCUGGCAUCCAGGAGGAGCUGGAGGUGAAAAUGAGCUCACAGUUUGAGGAUCAGCAUUCUGAACAUCUUCGAGGGCAAGAAAAGGAAGAUUCUACCGACUCUCAGCGGAAACAGUCUCAAGCCACAUCCUCUUCCAUUAGUGAAGGAAAGCUAUAUCCCCCAUCUGUUAGCACCGAGCAAGAUAAUCAAAUGAAGAAGAGGGAAACACCGGAAGCUGAAGAAGAAGCUAUAAAACCUAGCAUUUCUGCCUCCAGUAGGCCACAUUCAGCUGCAAUGGACCUCAAAGCCUCAUCAGAUCUGAGCUCCCCUCACGAAUUCACCUUAAAGAAAGAGGCACCUGCAAAGGAUGUCAACGCCCCUUCUCCCACAGCGGAUGGCUAUCAUGACGAUUUCGAGUCCUCAGUAGAUUCCUCAACCAGAGGGGAGCUUCAGAGAUCCAAGCCUGCCUCAGGGUCAUUAAAAGACUCCCCAAGCAGAGCCAGCGAGGAUGACGAGGUGGAGGAGGAGAUAGGUGAAGAUCUGAGUCAUCAUUCAGGGUCAAGUGUUAGUAGCAUCCAAUCUGGACAUCUGCUCGAUCUUGACACCCUCAAAGAAGACAGCAAGGUCCAGGUUAAUUCCAGCCACUCACCACCCGUGUCCCCUCCUGGCAUAAAUGAAAUGCAGAGUUUUAACAUCCACGAUCGGGUUCUUGUUGGCGGUGUUCAGCCCGGCACUCUGAGAUUUAAAGGUACAACUAGCUUUGCUAACGGCUUCUGGGCUGGUGUGGAGUUGGACAAAUCCGAGGGGAACAACAACGGCACUUACGAUGGCAUUGUAUACUUUGAGUGCGACGAGAGCCACGGUAUCUUUGCUCCUCCAGACAAGAUCACACACCUGCCAGACAAGUUUGAGAUCUACACUGACACCACCGAGGAUGAGGACUCGUUCUUUGAUGAUCUGUCAGAUAAAGAUGGGGAUAAACGCAGAACAGACAAAGACAGGUCCAAAAACUUGAAGAAUAGAAAAGAAGGCACAUCUCCUAAGGUCUCUGGCUCUAGUGAUAUAAAGAAUAAAAAAGAGCCUGUUCACAAAGUCACAUCCAACCUCAGUUUAGAGCAUGAUAAAGAAUCAGAGCAGCUUAUUCCUAAUGGCAACACAAGAGACAUAAUGUUGGAUCUUCAAGAUGCACCAUCUAACCUCCUCAUCUCUGACAUGGAGAAAGCUGUCCUGGAGAAGCAUAUCACUACUGUCGAGACAGAGGAUGUAGACUCUCCCUGCCAGCUUCCUUCUGCAGAUCUGUCCACAGACAACAGAAGAGAAGAUAAGGACGAUGAGAAAGACAGUGACCUGCUGGACACGUGUGCAGACAAGCUCCUCCACAGCUUUGUGAAAGACACCGUGGAGCAGUUCUCCCAAUUAAAAAAGGCUAAAGAGGAGAAGAUACAAGCUGCCAACCAAAUGAAUGGAAUCCUGUUUGGUGAACAUUCCGAAGAAGUAGAAGAGGAAUGGUUCCCCUCAGUGGAACAAAAAGACGGGCUGCCCUUUUUCCUGCCUGCAGAAAAAGAGGAGUUGUCCUCUCCAGAGCUGUGUAACAGACCGGAGAGUCCAGUGUUGGGGGCCAGCGGUCAAGAGGAGCUUGCCAAAAGACUAGCAGAGCUGGAACUGAGCCGCGAACUGCUCAACGAGCUGGGAGAUGAUCAGGACUGGUUUGAUGAGGACUAUGGCCUGAGCUCCCGCAGAGAACAGCAGAGACAACAGAAACAGAGAGAGGAGGAGGAGGAAGAGGCAAGGCUGGGGCGAUCAGGCUCAUCAUCUGGAGCGGGCCUGGGGGGGCUCAUCCCUUCCCCAAGUGGAGACCAGCAGAUUAAGACUCCACCCAGGCCUGAGCCACCUCUUCCCAUGCCACCCAAACUUCCUGAGCAGCCUGCCAUGGUGGUGCCUCACUCAGCCACAGAGGUGGAGAAGAUGGUCCAUGCUGCGACUCAGGAGAUCUGGGACAGUUGUGGCCUGGGAAAGGAGGGAGUACCGAGCCGCACCCAACUGCCUAACCCCCAACCUUCGCAAGAGUAUCUGGGUAAAGAGGCAAGCAGCCAAGACCAGGAGGCUGUCUCCAUCCGCAGCUACAGAAAGGCUGUGUUUGACCUGACAUGGGAGAUGAUGCAGGAGAUCUAUGCUGAGGACCCCAAUGCUGAUCAGCCUCAGUGGGUCAAACCGCGUCGUCUCAAGUCCUCUUUCUUCCAUAGAGUAAAAACAACUGGAGACAUCACCCACGUCCAGAAAUUCAUCUCUGCAGAGAUCCUGAAAGUCUACGGUCUGACAAAAGAUCAGUGCCAGAAGACUGAUUGGCAGAAAAUGCUGAAGUUUGGAAGAAAGAAGCGGGACAGAGUCGAUCACAUUUUGGUUCAGGAACUGCACGAGGAGGAGGCGCAGUGGGUAAACUAUGACGAGGACGAGCUGUUUGUCAAGAUGCAGCUGGCAGACAGCAUCUUUGACGCUUUGCUGAAGGACACUGCAAACGUGCUUACGUUAAUCUAUGACAAGAGGGCCAAAGUUGACACCCUCUCCUGACAGCUUUCCUGUUUUUGAGUUUUUUAAACUACAACCUCUAGCUCAACCCUUAUCUUUCCCUUACCACAGUGAACUCCACUUAACUUGCCUACUGCAGCUGAUGUGCCAACAGCAACCCUCAGAUGCCUUCACUCCCAGCAUUACCUCUCAGCUAAACAAAUGUUUCUAAAAUGUUAAUUUGCUGAAGGUGUUUCAGCUAAUGUAGUAUUUUGUAUAAUUUGUUCUACACACAAAACCUUAACAUCAACUAGUCUCAGUGCUCUCCCUCUGGACUGGUCCUUUUUUAAACACCAGUUGGAGACUGAAAAUGUGUUUUGAUAGGACUGACUGUGCCAUUCAUUAGCAUUUCAAGUUCAUUGAUGCUGCUAAGUUAUUUGUUCCAUUGAGGACUUGAAUAUAUAAAAUCCACCUGGAACAAAAGCAGGUUGUUAUAUUUUGUAAUAAAUGUCAAAGUAAAUAUAUGUAUGGAUUUUAAAGUUGUAACAAAGUAGCAGAUAAAAAGGAGUGAUUUGACAGUGACAUGCUAUUUAUUAUACGGCUCAUAAUCUUUAAAGAAAUGACUUGAGCUCCAGUCUAUGACAAAUAGACAUCAUUUAAGACAAUUGAACUUUGAUCAAAUGUUGUCAGUCUACGCUGUACUAAAACUUCACUGAGAUCAGAUAUUGUAUAAACACCUUGCCUCCAUUUACAUAUUAUUUAUUGCGUGGAAAUGUUUGAUAAGAGGCAAGGGGAUUGUUUUAAAUUGUAAAUGACUGUCGACAUGUAAAAAAACAAAUUCUGAACAUUGAAUGAAACUGUAAAAAGCACAAACAGAAAUGUGAAUGUGAACAUGGCAAUAUAUUAUGUAGGAGGUUUAAAGAGUUCUAUUGAAACUAGAAAAAGAACACGGUGGGGAAAAACUGUUUUAAUAUAUAAUUUUUGUAGAGUUAACGAUUAGUCUUAACUUUCCUCAUCACUUUUUUCACGGCCAUUACUGUACAGAUGGUCAACACAAUCCCAUGAAUCCCACUUUAGUCUUACAUGUCAGUGUGUUCUUUUUAACAGUGUGAGCAUCUUUGCAGAGAAACUGUCUGAGCAGUCCUAAUUGUUCCUCAUUAUUUUUUCACUAUUUGUGUUCCCAUCAAAGAAAAACAUGUUCCUCAUGUAAAAAUAAUUAAGUGAUGUUCGUAUCCAUGGAAGCUGUUGUUGAGAUUUCAUUUGAUCUCUUUGGGUUUUGUUUUGUUUUUUUUCUGUUUUUGACCCUAAACAUACUGAGUAUAUAGUAUGGAAGUGGGACACACAAGACUGGCUGUAGACUGGCUGUAGGCCUGUUUUGAUAUUCGUAGAGUCAAAUCAUUGGACCAUACUAAAAUGCUGGAUCUAAUCUUUACUUAACCCAGUCUUUUUUUCUCUCUAUGACCUGAAAAGACACCUCUUUUCUUUAAUAAUCUGUAGCUUUCUGCCUGUUAAAACAUCUAGUCGUGUAGCAGCGUUGUUCUGUGUUCCACUAGCUGCUAUGAAAUUUGGCUUUAUGACGACUUGCAAGUUCAAACUAGCCAGCCAAUCAGAAUGUAGCCCGGCGGUAGUCAGAUGGUAAGAUAGUUCUCCUCUGCUUUCAGUUCAAGUGCCUCUUUGAGUUGAGUUGUAGAUUUAUGACAGACUUUGUUGAUGUCUCAGCACCCUUUGGACCUAUUUUCUUUGAAUGUCUCCUUCAACUGCUGUAUGCCACCUAUUUGUGAUCGAUCCUUCAGUGACCGCUCUUUCUUCUAACCAGUAUGCCAAUUCUUCAGUUUCUGCCUUAUCACUCUUUUUGUAUGAAAGCUGGCUGAGGGUCUUUUUUAAACCUUCGUGAUUUCCCCUGCCUCAGCCUUUUAGGGGAAAUGUUUGUAACUAAAUCACAGAAAUGUCAUCAGCUUCAUGUCAGUGUCGUGCGUGUUGACACAGUUGAGUCAUUUUAUUGAUAAACUGUAUCAGGAACUAGUUGGUUGACACUCCACCCACACAGGCUGCACAGUGUUUGUCAUCAAGCUGACAAUGCUGAGCACUAGGACUGAAUACAACAAAGGGCUAAUUUUGGUCCUCACUGUCAGUGCUGCUUAUCAUCCAACAAACUGUACAAACUUGUAGUGGCGUAUGUGACAGAGUCUAAUCCUCACUGACAUUUUGGUACUGAAGUCACCGUAAACACAGUCUUUCUUCUCCUGUCAGUGGUUUCUAACUCAUAUGUUCAAACUGUAAAUUAUUUAAUGUAAAAAGAAGAGCAAAAACAUUUGACACCAACUUCCUCCAUGCUGUAUGACUUGUAUGUCUUGUCCUUAGGAAUAUAUAACUGUAUUUGUGACAUGAUUAGUACCUUAGAAACACUUUCUGCAAGCCUUUAUGACAAACCCUCUUUGAUUGUCCUCUUCAAUUGAUUGUAUAUGGAACAAUGUUCGUUCCCCUCUGUAACUAUGCAGUACUUGGUCUUAUGCAUUGUUUUCUAUGUAUGGACCAAACAGCUCAGACUUGCUGUAGUCUGUAGAUCUAACACAGCUUCAAGAAGCUUAAAGCUCUUUGGUGUAGUAUGGGGUUGCUUCUGUCUGCUGCUCUGAGAUCAGUGUCUUCAGUAAGGAGAUGAAGCAAAUGACCCGGUUAGAGAGUGCUGAUAACUGAAUUAAAAAAGUUGGCACGAAUGAUUUGAUCAUCAGAAUUAAUCCUGUCAGUCUACAGUUUUCCCUUCCAUCUUUGGAAAUGUUUGAGUAUUUAUAAUAAUGUGCUGUAAGAGUGCGAUGAAUGCACUAGAAGACUUGUAUAAUUCUUUUAUGGGUGUAAAUAUACUGUCUAUCCUAUCUGACCCACUGUUGCUGUAACCUAAAUGAUUGUUGUAAAAUAAACACUGUUGACUUUGCAAAUAUGUGCAUAGUAUAUAUUUGUUAACUAAAUGAACUUGUAUGAAAUUGUAAAUAAAGCUUUCAUUGUUUCUAAAAGAAA